CAACUACAUCACACACCCCUUCUACCUCGACAGCGACAACAAGCACAGAGAGUAGACAAUGGUGCGAUCAUAUAUGCGCCACGGCCCAACACAGGCCUUUGGCGUGGUGUGUUCGCCGACCGCCAACGCUUCCUACGACGGGCGGUACGCGUACGUCGCGGGCUGGGAGGACCUGCUCGUGUGGGACGUGAAGCGUGGCGAGAUGGUCUCAAUGUGGCAUGCUACGGGCGUCACCGCCCCUGUCACGGCUCUCCAGCCUGCGCCGGUCUCGUCGACCUCGGGCUCCAGUACCGCCGAGCAGACGUUUGCCGUGUCGUACACGGACGGCUCGAUCCGCCUGUGGUCGUGGGAGCCUUCGUCGCCGUCCACCGAGGCCACAGAGGUGGUCACGUUCAACGGCCACAAGAAGGGCGUGACCUUCCUCGCGUGGGACGGCGAGGGCAGCCGCCUCGCGUCGGGCGGGAGCGAGGGCGAGGUCGUCGUGUGGGACCGCGUCGCCGAGGUCGGACUCUUCCGCCUGCGCGGACACCGCGGCCCAGUGACGAGCAUCACGUUCGUGCCCCACCCCGAGCUCGGCGCGGCGCAGCACCCCGGGUUCCUCGUCACGACGAGCAAGGACACGUACCUCAAGCUCUGGGACCUCAGCACACAGCACUGCGUCCAGACUGUUGUUGUCGGCCGCGGCGAGGUCACGUCCGCCGCUGUGACGGAGGAGGAGGAGGGCGAGGGCGAGGGCGACAACGAGGAGGAGGUGCAUGGCCGGUGGGUCAUCUUGACGGGGAGCGGUGAUGGCGAGGUCAAGGCGUGGAGUUUGAGCAAGGCGGCCUUGGUCAAGGGCUUGAAGGAGGAGAACGGCGAGCUGGCCAAGCUCGUCCAUUUCCUCGGCACCGUCCCGCUGCCGGCCUCGCAGCACGCCGUGACGCAGCUCGCGUUCCACCCCACCCUGCCGUUGAUCUUUGCGCAGACGUCGGACAAGACAACAGCCGUCCUGCGCGUCCGGUCCGAGGAGGAGGUCGCGGCCAAACAGGCGCGCAGGAAGAAGCGCGACCGCGAGAAGAGCAAGAAGAAGAAGGGCACCGCCGCGACCGAGGAGGAGGCCGAGGCCAACGAGGCCGCCGACGCCGAGAUCAAGUGGGAGGACCGCGUGACGACGUGGUGUGUCGUCAAGGCCAACGCCAAGGUCAAGUCGUUCGCCAUCGCGUCCGAGACGACGGGCAAGAACGUCGGCCUCCUGCUCGCCCAGUCGAACAACAGCCUCGAGGCGUACACUAUCCCCGUUCCGCAGGGCAAGUCCAAGCUCGCCGACGGGUCCGAGCCCGAGCCAGUCAAGGUGCACUCUGUCGAGCUGCCGGGCCACAGGCACGACGUGCGCGCGCUCGCCGUGUCGAGCGACGACCAGGUGCUCGCGUCGGCGGCGAGCGGCACGCUCAAGGUGUGGAACCUGCGCACGACGGCCGUCCUGCGCACAAUGGAGUGCGGCUACGCGCUCUGCUGCACAUUCCUCCCUGGCGACCGGCACGUCGUCGUCGGCACCAAGGCCGGCGAGCUGCUCCUGUACGACGUGGCCGCGAGCACCCUGCUCGCGCGGUACGAGGCGCACAAGGGCCCCGUGUGGAGCCUGCAUGUGCGUCCUGACGGGCGUGGGCUCGUCAGCGGUAGCGCAGACAAGGAUGUCAAGUUCUGGGACUUUGAGAUGCGCGAGGACGGCGAGGGCGAGCGGGUCGUUAGCCGACUUGGUGUGGAGACGAUUUAUAAGAACAAGCAGCUCGCGCUGGUUCAUGUCCGCACGCUCAAGAUGACCGACGACGUGCUCGCAGUCAAGUACAGCCCUGAUGGGCGGUUCCUUGCCGUGUCGCUGCUCGACUCGACUGUCAAGAUCUUCUUCCAGGACACGCUCAAGUUCUUCCUCUCGCUCUACGGCCACAAGCUGCCCGUGCUCUCGCUUGAUAUCUCGUCUGACUCCAAGCUCAUUGUCACUUGCUCGGCGGACAAGAACGUCAAGAUCUGGGGCCUCGACUUUGGCGACUGCCACCGCUCGCUGUUUGCACACGACGACAGUGUGAUGCAGGUUGGGUUUGAGAAGAACAGCCACUACUUCUGGACCGUCGGCAAGGACGGCCUUCUCAAGUACUGGGACGGCGACAAGUUUGAGCUCAUUCAGAAGUUUGAGGGCCACCACGGCGAAGUUUGGGCGCUCGCCGUGUCCCAGCAGGGCAACUUUGUCGUCACCGGCUCGCACGACAAGAGCAUUCGUAUCUGGGAGAAGACGGACGAGCCGCUGUUCCUCGAGGAAGAGCGCGAGCGCGAGCUCGAGGCGGCUCACGACGCCGACCUGGCCAACCAGCUCAACAACACUGGGCUGGCUGACGACCUUGACGAGGACGGCGAGGAGGGCGCGGGCGAGGUCGAGGCUGUGCAGAAGCAGACGGCCGAGACGCUCAUGGCGGGCGAGCGGAUCAUGGACGCGCUCGAGCUGGCAGACGCCGAGCGCACCCUGUUUGAGGAGUACGAGGCUGAGAAGGCGCGCCUCGGUCCAGCGGGUGAGACGCUCCCUGCGCCCACGCGCUCGGCCGAGCUCGUCGCCCGCGGUGUCGAGCCCGACGAGCACGUCUACAACACGCUCGCCAAGAUCCCGGCCGCCAACAUGGAGGACGCGCUGUUGGUGCUCCCAUUCCGCCAGGUGGUCAGCCUGCUGGCGUACCUCGACCAGUGGGCGCAAAAGGACCGCGAUAUCAUCCUCACGGCGCGCCUGCUGCACUUCCUCAUCCGGACGCACCACGCGCAGCUGGUCGCGAACAAGGUGAUGCGGGUACAGCUCGUGUCGCUGCGGACGCACGUGCGCGCGGCGCUCCAGCGCCACCGCACGCGGAUGGGCUACAACCUUGCGGGGCUGCGGUUCCUCCGUUCGCGGUGGGAGAGCGACCGGACAGCGGGGCUGCUCGAGCAGGAGGGCAUGGACGAGGAGGCGGUGCGCAAGCGGCUCGACGAGUCGCGGGCCAAGCGGAAGCGCGUCGACGUGCGGGCGUAGGCGUGGCGUGUAUGGUGUAAGGUGGUGGCGUGGUUGGUCGGUGACGUGCAUCUGUUUCUCCCAUCGCAUAGCAUGCAUUGUUUGGUCUAGAACA